CUUCUGCCAUCAACACUUUUCCUUAAAAAACUGAAUCAUUUCUCAGAUCGUAUAUAAGCUGUGGCAGCAGGCGCCAUUGUCGUAGUGUUCCCGCCAUCUCACAGCGACAGAGAACAUGUCAGCAAUGAAGAGCGUAAUUUUGGCCGCGUGCAUAGUUUUAUGCACGGCUCAACCCAUAGAGAAAUCGGAGGCGAAGCUCCCUGUCUUGAAGGCGCAACCUGCUGAAGUGCUGUUCAAAGCCGACAAUUACUCCACCGUACUCCUGGAGUGCACCACUGAAGGAAAGGAGAAAGAUGUCAAAUACACCUGGCUGAAGAACGGCAAACCUUUCGACUGGGAGAAGGCUGGACACAUCGCCCAACGGCCAGGAGAAGGCAGCAUCAUGUUCUUCAACCCUAAACCAGAAGACGAAGGGAAAUACCAAUGCCUGGUCGAAACACCAGCCGGAACUGCCAGUACACGCCAGAUCCAACUAAAGCGCGCUUUCAUCAACACCCCACAAAUAAAAACCCAGGAACACACUCCAGUUGAAGGAAAACCGUUCAAAUUGGACUGCCCUAUUCCAGAAUCUUACCCAAAACCGAAAAUAGUCUGGAAGACCCAACUUCGCUCGGAUCCAAGUAUCGUCGAAGAGUUUUUGAGCCGCAGAAUCACUUUAUCUCCUGAUGGCACGCUUUGGUUUUCGAAUGUAACCGAAUCUGACAUCAGUCCCAGCUUCAAAUAUGUCUGCUUCGCCCAAACUCCUGCUUCUGGUGAGGAUGUGGUAUUGGCUGAACAUUUCUUGAAGGCUUUGGUGCAAGAUAAGGGUCCUAAGGAUGGCGAGCUGACUCCUCAGUAUGUUAGCAACGAUAUGGUAGCUAAGACUGGUGACGUCACUAUGUUCUACUGCAUCUAUGGUGGAACUCCUCUAGGCUUCGUAACCUGGUACAAGGAUGGAAAGGAAAUUGAUGCCAAGCCAGGAGACAGAGUAACAGACCACAACCGCACCAGUGGCAAGAGGCUGCUCAUCAAGGAGACUCUACUGGAAGACCAGGGAGAGUACAAGUGCGUGGUUGGCAAUGGAGUUGGCAAGAAACAAACUCACACCAUGAAGUUGACUGUUGUCAGUGCUCCAAAACUCUCAAAGUCAGCGGAAAAGCAGAUCAACGUGAAAGAAGGUCAAGAUGUCGCCAUUCCCUGCCAAGUUACCGGUUUGCCGGAGCCUAAGGUGUCUUGGACAUACAACGCCAAGUCUCUAGGCGAGAGGGCAAUUUACAAAGAUGGUGUUUUGACCAUCAAGAACGCCAAAAAAGGCGAUACUGGCUAUUACGGAUGCAAAGCCGAAAAUGAACACGGAGAUUUGUACUCCGAAACUUUAGUCCAUGUCGCUUAGACUGUUAUAAAGACUAAAAGUACUAAUACCUAGUUAUAAGACCAAAGUUAUGUGAUUCAAUUUACUUAAUUCAUAAAAUAAAAGUUGUAAGCAUAA